AUGGACUUCGAGGGCUUCGUGCGCAUGGAUCGGCAGUGCCCAGAUGCAUAUCGAAUGGCAGAGCCGUUCACCGAAUCGCCGCCUCCAGUCAGGUCUUUGCUACAGUCAUAUCCUGAUUACUACUAUGCUGGUACAGCGGCAUACAUGGUGCAGGUGCGGAAAAUCCCAACGGUGCUGGAGCACUUGCGGUCACGCCCGAUUGGUGACAUUGACCGCAUGAUGCUACUUCCAGAAAACCUGGGAGAUGCCCGGAUGCCAUGCGUUUAUUGCCCGUACCAGAUCUGGCCGUACGUCGUGCAGCUGGGAUGGCGGCACUGGAUCUCUACUCUGCUGCCCCCAGCUGAGGUCAAGAGGCGCUUGGCAGCUGCCUCCUUUGUGCUGAUAACAGCUCUGGGCAUCGCCAUUCUGGGCGCUUUCCUGGUAGUGUGCUGCGUCUCUACCAUCCCGUUGAAGGCUUGA